GUGAAAAUCUAGUUCUGUGCCUAUAAUUUCCAACUUUUGCGAUUAUUGCAGUAAGUUUACGAAACAAAAUUGUAGGUAAAGGUAGGUAUUGUAGGCAGUAAAGGUCAAGAGUUGAUUUAAGAACAUUCAGCAAUAUGCUAGCAUCAGAUGCAAACGUCUGUGCUCCUGGAAAAGAUUAUUUUAAAUUUAAUUUGUUGUUCCUUACCUGUGUCGGACUAUGGCGGAACGAUGACUGGCCGAAGAAGUGGUUACUUUUCUAUGAUAUAUUCGAAUUAACCAUGCACACUCUACCAAUAAUCUAUAUCAUAAUAACAUCUAUCGGAACCUAUCAGCACCACACGGAACUAACGCUAUUCCUAGCCAAUUUGGACAAGAAUCUCGUUGCUGUAAAUUUUAUUACAAAAUACAUUAUUUUUGCGUUGAAACGUAAGCAAAUCUCGAUGCUCGUAACAGAGAUUAUGCACUCUGGUGACAAGAUAACAGUUAAUUGUAUCAAAUUAAUGACGAUUCACGUCGUUGUGAGUACCAUUUUCUCAAUGUCCGUCCUUACUGCUUUUUGUGGUACUGCAUUAAUUAAUAGAGAAAUGAUAGUUGAGACAUGGAUGCCAUUCGAUCCAAUGAAAAAUUUAAACCAAUUCCUUUUAGCUUUUCAAAUCUUAGCUACGAUGUUUACUCCAAGCGUGCUGAGAGGAAGCGCUAUGCAAGGUUUGAUUUGUAGUUUGAUCAUGUAUUUAUGUGAACAAUUGGAAGAAUUGCAAAGGAGGAUAAGGGCUUUAAAAUAUUGCAAAGAGAACGAAGUGGAAAUGAGAAAUCAAUUCAAGGAUAUUAUUAGAAAACAUGUGCGUAUAAUGAGAUAUUCUGGAACUAUGAAGGUCAUUUUCAACGAGUACUUCUUCGUACAAAACUUGGCAAUCACUUUAGAGUUAUGUUUAAAUGCGGUGAUGAUUACAGUGGUCGGUUCUAGUCAAAUGAAGGUUUUACUUAGUUUCCUAGCUUUUCUUUGUGUGGCUCUUCUGAACGCAUACAUAUACAGUUACCUCGGAAACGAGUUGAUUAUUCAAAGUGCUAAUGUAGCGCAAGCGGCAUACGACGCAGAAUGGACGUCAUGGCCAGUCGGACUUCAGAAAGACUUACUUUUCGUGAUCAGGAAUGCUCAGAAACCUCUGGCCCUUAGUGCAGGAGGAAUGGCUUACAUGUCUAUGCAAACAUUCGCACAGGCACUCUACAAUGGCUACUCCAUUUUUGCGGUGCUGAAUGACGCCGUGGAUUAAUUAGUUCAAGAAAUAAUUAUAUAACGCUGCCAUAAUACAUACAAACUUAUCAUCACGUAUAUACAUGUCCAACAGCUUGCGGGGUUAACAGAGCCAACCGUCUAAAAUAUUAAGAAAAAAUUAUGUUAAAUUCUGAUACAAGGGCGCAGAAUGCACACUAGCGCAAUCAUCACAUUGUAGUGAAGUGUAAUUAUUUGUUAGAUUUAAAAAUCCAGCUUGGUAAAUUAUGCUACAAUGUUAGAUACCUAUAGAUUAAGAACUGCAUUUACAAGUAUUGCAAUAUUGGACACAAUUAAGGUUGACACAUUCUCGCCGAAAUCGGUGAACCAGAUGUUCUGCUAUAAAAAUAUUUCUAAACCAUAUUUUUUGGCACCUGGAAUAACAAGAGGGAGAGCUUUAUGUGCUGAUUUCUGUUUUACAGUCUUGUUUGAAUUUAUUACAAAAAA